AUGAUCGCUCGUGCUGGUUCUGCCGCACGUGUCGCUCUGCCCACUUCUUUUGUUGAUGAUCCUGUUACUGCAUACGAGCUAGCUAUUGCCACUUACUUUGCGAUUGGAUCAUUCAGUGUUUUUGUCUGGGAUUCCUUCUACAAUCUGGAGCAUGAUAUUCGACUUCUUCGGACACAUGGGAGGAGCCUUCCGUCAGCUAUCUACUUUACUUCAAGGGUGUCGACAUGGGUGUUCGCCAUCCUUGAAACCAUCCGCCUAACGGUCCCUAUUAAAAACUGUCAACAUUAUCACGUUUCUACCCUCAUUUUUUAUAAUCUCUUUAUUGCAGCUACAACCCUCCUCUCUUACUUUCGAGUCUGUGCAAUAUGGAAUGGAAACACGACCGCUAGAUUCCUAUUUGCCUUAUUUUGGCUGUGUGGCGUAGCCGGAAGCCUGACAACCGCAACUGGGGUCAUGUCCCAACACAUCAGUAAUUCACCCUAUUGUACAGAGAUUGUUGUUGGCCAGUACGUUUCGGCGGCCGUCCUCGGGCCCAUGAUCAACCAUUUAGCCGUAUUCUUAGCAAUCACCUAUGGAGUUUGUAAGAUAUGUGCAGAUAACCACGACAAACUCACAUUUCGAGCGGGAUAUCGGGUUUUUGUCCUUGGCGAGUCUCUCCCGACCUUCUCCAAAGCCAUCUUGCAAGCCUGCCAAUUAUGUUACUUAGUUGCUACAGUUGCAGGCAUAAUAACCGUCGUAUGGUUCUACGUCUUUGCGCACAACUAUAGCUAUCGCAUCGCCAUGUUCGUCCCAUACGCUGUGACUGUGAACAUCAUGUUCAGCUGGGUGUUUAGACGCGCUAAGCUGGGUAUGUGCGUUGCCGCUCAUGGCGCGGGGCCAAUGAUCAAAAGCAAAGUGGCCACUGUGGCUGCAACAGUCCCAGGCGCCCGUCCAGAUGCUAUGGAGAUGCAUCCCGACUUCAUAUCAGCUACGGAUGCCGACGCGAGCUCAGUUGCUGGUGGUAAACGGAACUAUGGAGGUGGCAGUAGUGGCAGCGGCGGGACCAAACGCAGUGGAACACCAAGCUCGCACUUGGAGAUUGAGGUGAACCGAGUGGUUGAGUAUAAGCAUGACUACGUCGACGUUGAGGUGGGGAAAGGGAUUGACCCAAUUGAUAUCACAUUCAAUACAUUUACUUUGUGA